GGAAGAGUGAGAGUUUUUCAUUAAAAUGAAGUGCAAACAUUAUACUCCUUUAAUUGUUUUCAUAUGGGCUCUAAAUGGAGUCCUUGAAGCUUCAGGCUUCAGUAAUAUUGUUGUGAGCAGCAACACCUCACCCAAGCGCAUGAAAUCCCCUUUGCACCGCAGGUAUUUGUACAAUACAGAGAGACGAAACUACCACGUUGAUGAUGAUGAUGAUGAUGAUGAUGAUGAUGUAAUUCAUCGUUUAAAGGAAAAGCCACGUAUGGAAGAUAAGAAAAAGAAUUUACAGCCAACGACAUCUAAUAUGGAAUUAACUAAUAAUAGUUUAAUGAAUGAAAUAAGAAAGCUAAAACAUCAAAUUUCAACUGAUGGCAAAACAAGAGAAAAUUUAACAACAUGUGAGAGAGAGCGAAAAAAACAAUUUAAGCUACUAAGGAAGCUGGAAACAUGUUCCGACGAACUCCGUAUAAAGACAAAUAAAAAACAGCAAUUGCAAGACCGAUUAGAGAAUAUGCCAUCUGAAAUAAUGAAGGUAAUAAGUUCAAUUAAUGAUUUGGCAGAGCUGACUGUCAAGGCUUCUAGUUGUAUGGCAUAUAUGGGCCAUCCUGGUAAAUAUAGGAUUCAUCUGCCUGGUCACAUGCCAUAUAAUGUGCUUUGCUUUGAUGGCAAACAUGAGGGUAAGGGCUGGCUAAUGAUUCAGCGACGAGCAUUUGGCAACGAGGACUUUGAUCGGGAUUGGGACACUUAUCGUGACGGCUUUGGAUCCUUCGAUGGGGAUUUCUUUUUGGGUUUGCACAAGAUCCACCACAUUACAAAAGAACAGCGACAACAAUUGUUCAUUUACAUGGGAACGUUUGAUGGCAAAUGGUUUGCAGCUAGCUAUGACAAUUUUCGAGUGGGAAGCGAGGAUAGUGAAUUUAAAUUGGAAUCGCUGGGUGCAUUCAGGGCGUUUAACAACAGUAGGGAUGAAUUAAGAUAUAAUGAACGUAUGAAAUUUACAACUCGCGAUCGGGAUAAUGACUUAUGGCCGCAGGGUAACUGUGCGACCCAUAAGCGGAAUGGAGGUUGGUGGUACAUGGACAUAAAAUGUUCCUGGUGCAAUCUAAAUGGAGUUUACUUUAAAGUUAAAGCAAAUAGUGAGCUCGGUGUAACUUGGACUGGGUGGGACGGACUUAAAAGUGUUCAUAUGCUCAUUCGUCCUUUCAUCUGAAGAAGAGAGAACGUUUUAAAUCACAAUUGCGACUAUAAUUCUAAUUGUUGCGACUAAUUUCUUUUCCCAAUAAUUGAGUCAUGUGUAAUUUGAAAUUUGAAAUAAAGUAAAUA